AUGUUGCUGCUGUCACCUGCAGUCAACUAUUGGACUACGCUACUCAAUUUCAUAAUACAAAAGUAUUUUAUUGACUCUCACGCCACCUGUAUCCUAUGGCAUCGCGAUUUUCCAUUUGAAUUGCAAACACCAGCCGAUAGCGAAUUCAUACAAUACAUAAAUAUUUGGCCUGAUAAUUUGUCACAAUCCUUGCAGCAGGAUAUUUACAAUUACACAGCGUUCAACGAAAUUCAGCGUGACUAUGGCAUGCAACUGGAUGCUUUGGUGCAAAAAUUGACUAUAGCCAUACGAGAAUCGCAUUGUGAGUCUUUCAUUGCCUUUCAGCAGGACAUACCAGUGUUUACGCGCAGCUUCUACAAUGCCAGCAGAAUAUCGGUUUGGCGCUCGCUGCGCAAUAAAUUUCUAUUUGUCUACCGUAAGGACUUACAACAGGACCCUGGCACUGCGGCAUACUUCGAUGACUUUCUUUUCAUAGAUCAACCAAAUAUUUUAAUAGUCGAAGCUGAGUGCGGCAAUUGCUCAAUGUUUACCCUGAAAACUAAUAAAUUCAUUGGACCGCUGGCCGAACAUCCGGAGCAAUUGUAUGUAUUGGAUCAUUACAAUGCUUUGAGUGACAAGUUUGAGCUUGGUGUGGAUUUGUAUAUGGAUAAAAUUAAGGAUUUACAGGGACGGGAAGUGACUGCUGGCGUAUUCGAUUAUCGGCCAUUUUCCGUCUUAGAUUUUAAUCGCGAGCCUCAAGUAAAGGAUAAUAAUCCUGAGAAUCUACGUGGCACUGUACACCUGGACGGUACCGAAGUACGAAUGCUAUUCGCGCUCUGCGAGGUCAUAAACUGCACUGUGCAAGCAGAUUCGUCUGAUAAAACUGAGUGGGGUACAUCGUAUGCAAAUCUGACAGGCGAUGGAUUAUUUGGAUUGAUAACGGAAAGAAAGUCUCAAUACGCUGUGGGUGCCCUGUAUUUUUGGCCCGAUGACUACCGCUACUUAGAUAUGUCCCAUUUCAUUGGACGCUCUGGCGUUACUUGCUUAGUACCGGCACCACAGCGCCUAACCAGUUGGCUCUUACCAUUUCGGCCAUUUCAAUUUACACUCUGGAUGGGUGUAUUUGCCAGUUUAUUACUUGAGACGCUGGCACUCUUUUUCACACGCCGUUUGGCGCCAUCCGACAACGAACCUCACUACAGUUUACUAGAGAGUUUUCAAUUUGGGUACAUUACUACGCUGAAACUAUUCGUGUCGCAGGGUUCAGACUAUGUAGUCAACUCGAACACGGUACGUACGGUGCUCUUCGCCUGUUACAUGAUGGACACGAUUGUGACCAGCGUCUAUGGUGGUGGACUAUCGGCAAUAUUGACGUUGCCAACAAUGGAGGAAGCUUCUGACUCAGUCGAGCGUUUGUAUAGGCAUGGUAUUCCGUGGACAGCAACAUCACCUGAUUGGGUAAUCUCUUUUAGAGGGGAAGGAGAUGAUAUUGAUCCGAUGGUUGAGAAAUUAUUGAGUAAUUAUCACGUCUAUACUUAUGAACAACUAACAGAAAUGGCUAAAACUGAGAACAUGGGAUUUAUCUUGGAGCGAUUAGCAUUUGGUCACUUUGGCAACGUUGGUUUCCUCACCGAUGAAUCUUUUAAGCGUCUCAAGCUUAUGGUAGACGAUAUCUACUUUCAAUAUUGUUUUGUUUUUGUGCCACGUCUCUGGGCCUUACUUUCAAAAUUGAAUGAUGUAAUAUUGGAAGUUCACUCCACUGGCUUGGACAUUUUCUGGGAGUGGGAAGUAGGCGCACAUUAUAUGGAUGGACAACAGCAAGAAGAAAUUCAAGCUUCAAUGUAUAUGGACUUCGAUGUGGGUCCAGUCAAAUUGGAUAUGGAUAAUUUUGUAGGUCUAGUAUUGCCGUUGCUGAUAGGUUUGAUAUUGAGUGCUUUUGCAUUUAUCGGAGAGCUGCUUUACUUCAAGUAUACUACACAGAAGAAGAAGAAAAAUACGGAGAUCGGACAAAGAAGGAUAAGUGAAUUAAAAAUAGCAUAACAGCGAGGGCCCAAAA